AGAAAGAAAAAGGGAGAAAAGAAAACAAUUGGCGAAAAAGACAGAAGAAACGAAAAAGAGGAAGAACGGAGGCGAGCCGCGAGAGCGAGCGGCGACUUCCCUCGCCAUUUCCCACUUUGACUUCCUUUUCUUCUUUCUUUUUCCUUUGAUUUUCUCCCAAGGAAAAUAAAAAAAGGAAAACGCGGAAGGAGAAAGAAGGAAAAAAACAGCGGGAGCAACGAAAAACAAAAGAAAUUCAAAGAUCAAAAUUCCGAAUUUCUCCCGAUUAGUUUGACCUCCUCCGCAACCGCUUCUCGCCAAACACCAUUCUCCUCUCCUUCUUCUUCUUCUUCUUCUUCUUCUUCUUCUUCUUCGUCGCUUCGUUUCCUCAGCUCUCGCUUCCGUCGUCGUUCUCCGUGAGUUGGAUUCCCGUCCGUCGUCCCCUGCGUCGCCGAUUACGCCAUGGAAAGAACGGAAGACCUCGGCAAGUGAAUUUUUUCGUGACGAACAUGAUUGUUGCUGUUUUGAUUUCUCGCCACCAUGCGCUGGCCAAGCCUAUCCGCGUUCUCCUCCUCGUCCGCGCCUUCCUCCUCCGUAACUUCGCCUAAACCCGCCGACGACGAGGCCGCGUUUCAAAAGCACCACGGCAACAAGAAGCAUGGCCAGAACCUCCGCAGCAACACCUUCGGCUUCCGAUUCAAUUCCAGCCCCGACGCCGCCCCCAAGCUCACCCGCCAGCGCAAGCUCCGCCAUCUGACCGACAAGGAUGUCGCCAGCAGCGACGGAGUCCCUGCCUCGUCCAAAUCGUCCCCGCCCGAGCCGCUCAAGCUCUCGCGGUCUCACAGCACUUCCUCGUCGCCGCCGAGGAUCUCCACCAAGGCGCCUACCUCCCCUGUCCCACUCCCCGUGCCUCUCCCGCUGCCGCAGAAGUUGCGGGGCGAGAAUCUCCACGCCGCCGGCGAGGCCGACUCGCGGUUGCGGUCUCCCAAGGAGAAGGAGCACGAUUCUUCCAGGGAGAGAAGUAACGGCGGUGGAAUCGGCACCUCGCUCUCCACUUCCGCGCCUUGCAGUACGGGGAACAAUCAUAGUGUAUUGGUUGGUCGAGAAACAAAGAAGACGGCAGAGCAGCAGCACCAGGAGCCGAGGUCAAGUACAGCGACGGUUGCUGGUCUAGAUUUAAACAAUUUUAGGCAUGACAAAGCCGCUAAGAGUACAUCUAUGAGUCCCUACGCAAGUCCCGAAAUAAGUCCACAGAGGAUAAGCCAUGCUUUCAUCACAUCUCCAUACCACAACCUGAUUCCAAACGGGAAGCAAGGUUGGUCUGCACCGGAGAUGUCUACGUUAGAUAUACCAGGGCUCCCACCGCCAGCAUAUUUCGAUUUGAGUAGUGAUAGUUCGCCCCUUCAAAGCCCGGCACCAAACGGAAGUCCUCCAUCUCCUGUGACUGCUAGAACUUCGUUUGAGACUUCAGCUGCUAGGCCACGUGACAGCAAUGCAGGUGUAGAGGUUCACAAGUUGCCUCUCCCCCCUGGAGCAAAUCUGCUGAUAUCUCCAACUCUAACUCCGGCGGCUGCAGCUGUGGUUCCUCCUGUUGCUCCUGCAGCUACUGCUGCUAAACAAGAGUAUGUGCCCAUGAAAAGUCAGUGGCAGAAAGGGAAGCUUAUUGGACGUGGCACGUUUGGAAGUGUGUUUGUUGCCACCAACAGGGAAACUGGGGCCUUAUGUGCGAUGAAGGAGGUUGAUAUGUUUCCGGAUGACCCAAAAUCUCAAGAAUGCAUAAAGCAACUAGAGCAGGAAAUUAAAGUUCUUAGCCAGCUGAAGCAUCCAAACAUUGUGCAGUAUUAUGGUAGUGAAAUAGUUGAGGACCACUUUUAUAUAUAUUUAGAGUACGUUCAUCCCGGGUCAAUCAAUAAAUAUGUCCGUGAUCAUUGUGGAGCUGUAACAGAAUCAAUUGUUCGUAGUUUUACCCGCCAUAUCCUCUCUGGAUUGGCAUACUUGCAUACCAUGAAGACAGUACACAGGGACAUAAAAGGAGCAAAUUUACUUGUGGAUGCAUUUGGGGUAGUAAAACUAGCAGAUUUUGGGAUGUCAAAACAUCUUACUGGACAAGUAGCUGAACUUUCAAUGAAGGGGAGUCCUUACUGGAUGGCACCAGAGCUUAUGCAAGCUGUUAUCCAGAAGGAUCAUAACUCUGAUCUUGCACUUGCUGUUGACAUUUGGAGCUUAGGCUGUACGAUCAUCGAAAUGUUCACUGGGAAACCUCCUUGGAGUGAGUUUGAGGGUGCUGCAGCUAUGUUCAAAGUAAUGAGGGACACUCCACCUAUACCCGAAACAUUGUCAGCAGACGGCAAGGAUUUCCUUCUUUGGUGCUUCAAAAGAAACCCUGCAGAGCGGCCUUCUGCUAGCUUGUUACUAGAACAUCGGUGGUUGAAACAGCUGCAUGAUGCUCUUCCCUCAUCUACCCCACAAAUUAAUGGCACUAAACCAAUGGACACUAGCCGUAGCCUUAGAGUAACCGAUGACAAGACUAGUAGGGCCGGACCAAUGAUUCCUCAACUUCCAACCUCACGAAGCUCCAAGGGAAAGUUCAUCUCCGACAACUCCCCGAUGUUAAAUACUCGUGCAGUCCAGCAAGAGCGCCCGAUGAUCUCAUGAGACUUCCAACCCCUUGGCAGUAUAGUCUUCCCCUGUUUUGUUGUGGGCAAAGUUCUCAAUAUUCAACUGCAAACGAACUCGGUCGAAUCACCGAAGCAAGCCUCGUCCUAGUCUAUUUUUUGCUUGGUGACGAAGUAGGCUGAGUAGAGGCAUCGAAAGGCCCUCCCAGUUGCCAAAUGCAUACUCGUAUCGUAUAUAUAAUUUUCUGAACCACUUUCAGGGCAUGAAUCUCAGCUUAGAUGAAGGCUUGUCCUGAUUGAUUGGUUUACUUGUACCGAGCUGCCGGUGGUGCGGUGAUAGUGAUCGCAAUGUCUUCUUGUUUGUAUGUAAUGUGUGUUAUAAGGCCCUAAAGAAGAAGAGGGAAAAGGAAGGUGUCAUUUUGCCUCCCAUCUCCAUUGUUGUGUAGAGGAGGAGAACAGAUUGUAUAGAGGAAGAGAGUGUAGGAAAAAAGGAAGAGACUCGGGAAAACGUCGGAUUUCAUAUGUUAACAUGUGUUUUGACAGUUUCAGUUUGGUCUCGGUCGGGUUUAUGGACUCUGGAUUUAAGUUGGGCCGAAACAACUACAACAGACUGGUGGAUCUUUUUCCAGGCCCAGUUAUUUUCUCAUUUAAUUAUGGCCAGAAAACUAUUUACCCUUUCUGCCUGUCCUUUCCCGCGAGUGUUUGAUUACAACUUUACAAGGCAAAACCAUUUAAAAAGAAUCAAGAAUAUGCGAAAUUCGAGG